CAUCUCCUAUAUUGGAUAAUCUUGAAAAAGCAAAAUGGUUUACUUUUCUUAACCUAACUUCAGGUUAUUGGCAAGUCAAAGUAAAAGAGAAGGAUAAGGAAAAAACUGCUUUUAUUACAAAAUUAAUGGAUAUUGUACUAGAGCCUGCUCUUUGGAAGUAUGCUAUAGUCUAUAUCGAUGAUAUAAAUAUAUAUUCAGAGAUAUUUGAAGAACAUAUCAAAUAUUUAAAGGCAAUAUUCGCUUUGAUUAAAAAUACAAACCUGAGAAUUAAUCCUAAAAAAAAUCAUUUUUGUACAAAUGAAAUACAGUUUCUUGGGCAUAUAGUUGGAAUUAAUAGCCUUAAGCCUGAUCCACAAAAGGUUGACAAACUUGAAAAAUUGCCUCCACCAAAAAAUCUAAUACAAUUAAAA